AGUGAUUUUUCUGCUUAGCAUACGACAUGUCGUUUUAUCUACCAGAAACAGAAGAAAAGAAAUUUAGCCGUGUCGUUUGUAACUUCAUAUUCAUACGAGAAAAGAGCUAGAGAGACUGACAAACGAUGGCAGCAGCAGGUUCCGGAAAAUGCUUGCUGGUGACAGGUCCUCCAGGCGUGGGCAAAACCACUCUCAUCAUAAGAGCCUUUGAGAGCCUCAAGGCCUCAAAUCCUUCUCUAAAGUUUCAGGGUUUCUACACUCGUGAGGUUAGACAAGGAACCGAAAGAGUUGGGUUUGAAGUUGUCACCUUGGAUGGUCGUAAAGCUCCUCUGGCUACCACCUCCUCCACUAGCUCUGAUUCCUUUAGAUGGCCAACUGUGGGAAGGUACAAAGUAGAUGUAGCAUCCUUUGAGUCUUUGGCACUGCCCCAACUCCAGGUGAAAGAAGACACUGAUCUCUUCAUCAUCGAUGAAGUUGGAAAGAUGGAGUUGUACAGUUCAUCUUUUUUCCCUGCUGUUCUUAAAGUUCUGGAAUCAAAUAUACCAAUCUUAGCUUCUGUUCCAAUUCCUAAGUCUGGCCGUGAUAUACCUGGAGUUGCUAGAUUGAAGAAUCAUCCCAGUGCAACAAUGUUCACUCUCACUGAGAGUAACAGAGAUGCCGUUAAAGAGCAGAUAUACUCUCAUUUGGUAGAUUUACUGAGAAAAAUAUAGAACUUUCAGAGUGAUUGGAUAUGCAUUUUAUUGAGUUAUCCUUUUCCUCACUCGGGUCAACAUUAUACUCGAAGGUGUGUGUCCAUGAAUUCUGCUGAAUAGAGAACUAUCUACUUUUGAGUUUGGUAUGCAGACUAGUUUUAGGUGCAGGUCAAUGGAUGUGCAAUCAGUUAUUCUUUUCUUUUUUCUAUAUUUGCUUUAGCUUUUAAUAACAAUGUUUAAUAACAGAAUACUGGAUUUGAUAUAGCUUAAGAAAGAAAGUGUUGUUUUAUA